UCCUAGUGCCUCCAGGUACCCUUACCGCCAUUAAACAAACAAAAAAGAAGAACGACGAAGCCAACUUGGAAGUGGUCCAUUGAAAGGUUGCUAGCGCGACCUCCUGUACUGUAGAAUGUAGUAUGGACCAUAGGACAGGACGAAGAAGUCCCGUUAAGAAGCUGUGGAGGCCUAAGAUGCUCUACUAGUCUGCUGGAAAUGGAAAGAAGACGAAGGAGUAAAAAGCAAAAUGGCGUUUGACAGAGAAGGCCUAAACGUGGCCACUGGCCAUUAUUGUUUCUCUAUUUGUAUUUAGUGCAUACAUGUACGCAUAUAUGUCGUGUAGUAGAUGAAACAUUGUUAGUCAAUGUUUGUAUCCGGAUACAUUAGUCUGAGCGCACUUUAUGUGCUAGCUUAGCUUGUUAGCUGCUAACAAAGAGACGCGGACCUUAUCAACACAUCGCUAAGUAGAGAUCAAAUGUGAGUGUCAAGUGUUGUGAUUGUGUGAAAAUGUGCGAAAGAACGAUAGCAAAGUAUGAGGAGGAACUUUGUCCAACAAAAGAGGAGAAGGAGCGACAACAUCAACUUAUGGACGCUGUUUUCAAGAAACAUCAAGUUGUGUUACACAGAACAGACGUCCAGCAGCCCCCCCACAUUAAAGAGGAAGAGGAGGAAGUGUGGAUCACUCAGGAGGAAGAGUGUCUUCUAGGGCAGGAGGAGGAUGAUGUCACCAAGUUUCCACUGACUGUUGUCUCUGUGAAGACUGAAGAGCAUGAAGACAAACCACCUGAGUCCUCACAGCUUCAUCCCAGUCCAAAUGUCUGUAAAGAACAACUUCUGCUUGAAAAACAGGAGUGUAGCUUCAGGAUGGUGAAGGAGGAUCCAUCAAAGAGGAAGACCAGACGCCAAGGACCCUCUGGCGUCUCCUUUUCCUCUUUGACACAGACCCUUCCCUGUAAAAAGGAAGAGGAAGACUCACUGACCCCCCACAUUAAAGAGGAAGAGGAAGAACUCAGCAUCAGUCCGGAGGGAGAGCAUAUUGAAGGACUGGAGGAGUUCCCAGUGACUGGUGUCCCUGUGAAGAGUGAAGAUGAUGAGGUCAAAGGUGAAAGUGAGGAGAAGAGAGAGGCGGAGCCUCCAAGCAGCAGCUCAACACAACACAUGACAACAGAAGCUGAUGGAGACCACUGUGGAGGAUCACAAGCAGACAAGCUCUUAGCUCCACUAUCAGAUAGUGAGGACACAACGUCACACUCUCCUGACACUGAUGAUGAAGACUCUAAAGAUGAUAAGACAUGUCACACUGACAACACUCACUUCAAAUGUGCUCACUGUGACAAAACUUUUAAAUACCAUAGUUCUCUGAAAACACACACAAGAAGACACACUGGAGAAAAACCUUUUAUCUGUUCAAUCUGUAGUAAAGGUUUUGUAGAAAGUCACAAAUUGAAAGUACACAUGAGAACACACACUGGUGAAAAACCUUUUUCUUGUUCAAUCUGUGAUAAAGGUUUUACACAAAGUCAAUAUUUGAAAGUACACAUGAGAACACACACCGGAGAAAAAUCUUUCAUAUGUUUAAUCUGUGGUAAAGGUUUUGUAGAAAGUCGCAAUUUGAAAGUACACAUGACAACACACACUGGUAAAAAACCUUUUUCCUGUUUAACCUGUGGUAAAGGUUUUACACAAAGUCAAUAUUUGAAAGUACACAUGAGAAUACAUACUGGUGAAAAACCCUUUUCCUGUUUAACCUGUGGUAAAGGUUUUACACAAAAUCAUUAUUUGAAAGUACACACGAGAACACACACUGGUGAAAAACCUUUUAUCUGUUCAAUUUGUAGUAAAGGUUUUGUGCAAAGUCACAAUUUGAAAGUACACGUGAUAACACACACUGGUGAAAAACCUUUUGUCUGUUCAAUCUGUGGUAAAGGUUUUGCACACAGUUCAUGUUUGGAAAAACAUAGAAAAAGUCACACUGGAGAAAAAUCUUUUAUCUGUUCAAUCUGUAGUAAAGGGUUUGUUCUAAGUAAAUAUUUGAAAGUGCACAUGAGAACACACACUGGUGAAAAACCUUUUUCCUGUUCAAUCUGUGAUAAAGGUUUUGUAGAAAGUCGCAAUUUGAAAUUACACAUGAGAACACACACUGGUGAAAAACCUUUUGUCUGUUCAAUCUGUGUUAAAGGUUUUGUAGAAAGUCGCAAAUUGAAAGUACACAUGAGAACACACACUGGGGAAAAACCUUUUAUCUGUUCAAUCUGUAGUAAAGGUUUUGUACAAAGUCACAAUUUGAAAGUACACAUGGCAACACACACGGGUGAAAAGCCUUUUUCUUGUUCAAUCUGUGGCUUAUCUUUUACAAGGAAGGACUAUUUGAAAGUGCACACGAGAACACACACUGGUGAAAAACCUUAUUCCUGUUCAAUCUGUGGUAAAGGUUUUGUAGAAAAUCGCAAUAUGAAAAGACACAAGAGAACACACACUGGUGAAAAAUCACAUUCCUGCUUUGUGACCGAUCAAACCUUGUAGCACACAGGAGAACACACCCAGGAGAGAAAGUGUUGAGUUGCAGUGUGUGUGGUGAAAGAUUCUCUUCUAAGUACCAGUGUAAGAAACACAAGUGUACUGGUGAGAACAGCAGCAACAAAUGAAACUGCAGGAUUUGAAAUAAACUGUCAAGACUUUAAUUUUGACUUUCUAACAACAUCAGCACAUAUAACAUGUGUGACAUUGUUGUUUGUGUAACAAUCUUUUUAAUAUGCUUCUACAUUUAUAGAUUAAAUUGUGGAAGCCUCUUGCUUCAGGGUUCUUCGGAUCACCAGCUAACGACAUGACAGCAGCGUGCAUGGUGUGAUACAAUUAUUUAUU